AUGAAAUGGCGUAAUCUUUACCUAUCGGAUAGCAAUAAUGAUCAGAAUGUCACUCUUAUUGUGGAAUUAGCUGACAAAGGUAUUGUACAAGAAGGCAGGACCAUUAGUAAACUGGAAGAAGCAACGUUUUUGGCAGAAGAACUAAUAGAAUCAGCAAGACAGAGUAAAGAUGAGCUGUACAAAGAUAUACUAUCGAUCUAUACACGCGAAUCAUUUCUAUAUCGAUUAGUGAAUAAAGUAUUACGCUCCUAUGAUUUGAGCAAAUUGCAAACGUUGGGUCCGUUUUGUUAUCUUUUAAAUGAAGCAUUGCGUAAUCUUCCUGAAGAAACCCGGUAUUUAGGUAUCGUCUAUCGUGGCGCUCAGCUAGAUCCGGGACAAAUUCAGACAUAUAAACGUAUGAUUAGAACAAAGAAAAAUUGGCCACAAUUUACAUCGACGUCGAAAUCACGUCAAAAAGCUGAACAAUUUGGAAAUGCUCUUUUCAUAAUAAAUCUUGGUGGACGUUACGGCGGAUAUGGACGUGAUGUUUCUCAAUAUUCAGCAUUUCCAAAUCAAGAAGAAGUCCUGCUGCCAUGUUCAACGAAUUUUUAUGUUGAGAAGGUUGCAUAUGAUUUGAAAAAUAAAAAACAUUUGAUUUAUAUAUUAGGAGGAUAUUGGUCAGUUAGACUGAAGAAUAUACAGGAUCCAUUUAAAACGUAA